AUGGUAUCUUUCACCAGCCCCGGUGCUAGUCAUCGGCAGAAUCUGGUCAAGUUUGGCUUUUCUAUUCUUGCCCUGGCGGCCACUCUUCAGGCGGUCUCUGCUGCAUCUAUUCACAAUUUGCAUCGCCAUAGAGAUCUUCACGUCGAAGUGGACGCAGAAAACACCACUCUUGGUGUCGACGCAGAAGGCACUUUUGGAGUCGACGCAGAAGUCGACGUUAAUGAUAAUACUCCUUCGUCUUACUGGCUUGAGACUAUCGAGAAGAGGGGUGUCGCCACUUUCAACAAUGCUUCAUCCACAUACAAAGUCUUCAGGAACGUCCGUGACUAUGGUGCCAAAGGUGAUGGAGUAACUGAUGACACAAAUGCUAUCAACGCUGCCAUCCAGGAAGGUGCCCGCUGCAUGGGCGGAACCUGCGACUCCUCAACUGUCACUCCCGCUGUAGUUUACUUCCCACCUGGAACAUACUCCAUUUCUAGCCCUAUCAUUGCAGUCUACUAUUCCCAACUCAUUGGUGACCCAACCAACCGUCCCACCAUCAAGGGUACUGCCAACUUCACUGGUCUCGCCCUCGUUGAUGCUGAUCCGUAUAUUCCUGAGGGCUACGGUGCCCAGUGGUACACCAACCAGAACAACUUCUUCCGCAUCGUCCGUAACUUUAUCCUCGAUACUACUGGUAUGACAUCCGUCGAGGUGCCUACCGGUAUCCAUUGGCAGGUUGCGCAGGCAACCACUCUGCAGAACAUCCACUUUGAAGGUUCUCAGAACGAGACCAGGAAGGACCGUGGUAUCUUCAUGGAGAAUGGGUCUGGCGGGUUUAUGAGCGAUCUCUCCUUCAACGGUGGUAACGAGUGUGCGUUCAUGGGAAACCAACAGUUCAUGACCCGUAACUUCACCUUUACCAACUGCAAGACUGCAAUCAUGAUGGCCUGGAACUGGCAAUGGACCUUCAAGUCCGUCAACAUCCAGGACUGCGGUGUUGGUAUCGAUAUCUCGUCUGUGGAUGCAAAAACCGGAUCGGCAACUCUUGGCUCGAUGAUUGUUCUUGACUCGUCUAUCUCCAACACCCCAAUCGGUAUCCGCACAAACAAGACCUCGAUAUCCACCCUAGAUGCUGCGGGCACGGUCAUUCUCGAUAACGUCCAGCUCACCAAUGUCCCCAAGGCUGUUUUCAACAUCGGUAACAAUGCUACCAUUCUUUCCGGAGAAGGCGAUAAUACCAUCGACUUCUGGGGCCAGGGCAGAGACUACUCUGGUGGAAACGGCACUGUUACUUCGGUCCAGGGAGUUCUUACCCGUAACGUUGAAAAGCCUGCAACGCUUCUUAUCUCUGGCUCAGAGACCAUCUUCGAGCGCACAAGACCCCAGUACGAGGAUGAGGAUGUUUCAAACUUUGUCUCCGUCAAGGGACUUGGUGCCAAGGGUGAUGGUGUGACUGAUGAUACCGAAGUCCUCAGGGCUGCUUUCAAGGACAACGCGGACUCAGGGAAGAUCAUCUACUUUGACCACGGAGUGUACAUUGUCUCUGACACUGUCUUCGUUCCCACUGGAACUCGUGUCGUUGGUGAGGCUUGGUCUGUCAUUAUGGCCAAUGGUGCUGCUUUCAAAGACGUCAACAACCCCAUCCCUGUCUUUCAAGUUGGAAACCCUGGCGAUGUCGGUACAGUUGAGAUGUCUGAUCUCCUCUUCCAGACCAAGGGUCCUCAAGUUGGUGCAGUGCUCCUUGAGUGGAACUCCGCCGACCCAGAAGGCGAACAAGGUGUCAACGCCAUGUGGGACGUCCAUUUCCGUGUUGGUGGCUCCGCUGGUACCGACUUGAACAACGCUGAAUGUCUGGCAAACGAGCUUGGUGCUGGAACUGGAAACGGUACCGCCCGUAUCACCACACCAAACACAAGCUGCUUUGCCGCUUUCAUGCUGAUGCACAUUGGAAAGACUGCUAGUGUCUACAUGGAGAACGUCUGGGCGUGGACCAGUGAUCAUGCUCUCGAUGCCCCAUUCAACCGUGUCACCCUCUACAACGCCCGUGGUAUCUAUGCCGAGAGCGAGGUUGGCCCAGUCUGGAUGUACGGUGUCGCAUCAGAGCACAAUGUCCUCUACCAGUACCAGUUCCAGAACACCAGCAACGUCUUCAUGGCUGUCGGCCAGACCGAGACUCCCUACUAUCAGUCCAAUCCUGUCGCCACUGGUAUCUUCCCCGUCGACAAUGAGUUCAACGACCCUACCUACGAGACCUGCACCACUGCCUCCUGCCGCAAGUCAUGGGGUCUCAGAAUCCUUGAGUCCUCGGACAUGCUCGUGUACGGCGCGGGACUCUACUCCUUCUUUGAGGACUACAGCACAAACUGUAGCAGCAGGGCUGGGGGCUCAAACUGCCAGGAGAACAUGUUGGAGAUCCAGGGCAGCAGCUCCAUCAGUUUGAUGAACAUCAACACCAUUGGUGUCGUCAACAUGGUCACGCUGGAUGGAAAGCCGGCUGUUCAGGCGUCAGAUAACAGGAACUCCAUGGCGGAUACCUUUAUCAGGUUCGAUGUGGUUUAA